CUCAGUUAUACGUGCUGUGUUUCAUUUUCUUUUCCAUUAUGGUUUAUCACAGGGGAUUGAGUAUAGGUCCCUGUGCUGUACAGUAAGAGGCUGUUUAUCCAUCCUGUAUAUAAUAGUUUGCCUCUGUUCAUCCCAAACUUGCUGUCCUUCGCUCCACCACCUGCCUACCUACUACAUUCCUAAUUUAAAAGAUAUAUUCAUUAUUAAGUGUUGCACUAUAGUAACUUUCUUGAGGGAAAACUUAUAUUAAAAGGAGGUUAUUUAAGUACAAAGAGCUUUUCUGUGUCCCGCUGUUUGUGUAGAAUCAAACAGGAAGGGAAGCUCUGUGGUGCUUGGCAUGGUCAUAAGUUGAUGACCAUAGAUUUAAAGUAGAAGAAAUAUGAAGUCUGAAUUCCUUUGGGGGAAAACAAAAUCUUUUUAUGCUUCUACAAUUCAGGAGGGAAUGGCUUUCCCUGCCAGAUCCUUGACACCUUAAGCAGAAAAGUUGGGAAUCUCAUGUGACCUGAUUUUGGAGGUAAAACCCUUUCUUUGAGCCAGGGAGAGACUCUUGGCAGUACUGGGUGUCGUGAGAAAUCCAGACAGAAUGGUACAAAAGAUGGGUGGAGGCGACCAGCAUUGCACCAUUCAGCAGAGCUCAGCCCAGCUCACUCCCAGGAGAGAAGAAUAAGCUGAGCAGACUCUGACCGUUGGUUUUCAGCCUGCCAGGACCUUCUGCGUAGCUCUCCUUUCGUGGCUCAUGUGCUACAUCCUCUGGCCUCAGUGUGCAACUGGCCCCCAACGCAAUGUGUGUUUGUCAAACCAUGGAAGUGGGGCAGUAUGGCAAGAACGCAAGUCGGGCCGGAGACCGGGGAGUCCUCCUGGAGCCCUUCAUCCACCAGGUGGGCGGACACAGCAGCAUGAUGCGCUACGACGACCACACUGUGUGCAAGCCCCUCAUCUCCCGGGAGCAGCGCUUCUACGAGUCCCUCCCUCCCGAAAUGAAGGAGUUCACCCCUGAGUACAAAGGAGUGGUAUCCGUCUGUUUCGAGGGGGACAGUGACGGUUACAUCAACUUGGUGGCCUACCCGUACGUGGAAAGUGAGACCGUGGAGCCGGAUGACACACCGGAGCGGGAGCAGCCUCGGCGCAAGCACUCCCGCCGGAGCCUGCACCGGUCGGGCAGUGGCAGUGACCACAAGGAGGAGAAAGCCAGCCUGCCCCUCGAAACCUCGGAGAGCCCCCAAGAGGCAAAGAGUCCAAAGGUGGAGCUACACAGCCACUCGGACGUCCCUUUCCAGAUGCUAGAUGGCAACAGUGGCCUGAGUUCUGAGAAGAUCAGCCACAACCCCUGGAGCCUGCGCUGCCACAAGCAGCAGCUGAGCCGCAUGCGCUCCGAGUCCAAGGACCGAAAGCUCUACAAGUUCCUCCUGCUUGAGAACGUGGUGCACCACUUCAAGUACCCCUGCGUGCUGGACCUGAAGAUGGGCACCCGGCAGCAUGGCGAUGACGCAUCCGCUGAGAAGGCUGCGCGGCAAAUGCGGAAGUGCGAGCAGAGUACGUCGGCGACGCUGGGCGUCAGGGUCUGUGGCAUGCAGGAAAGCUCAGGGCAAACUUGGCCUGCUCACUCCAGCUGUGCAGGGUGGAGCAGAAAAGCACAGGUGUACCAGCUGGACACGGGGCAUUACCUCUGCAGGAACAAGUACUAUGGCCGUGGGCUCUCCAUCGAAGGCUUCCGCAACGCCCUCUAUCAGUACCUGCACAACGGCCUGGACCUGCGGCGUGACCUUUUUGAGCCCAUCCUGAGCAAACUGCGGGGCCUGAAGGCCGUGCUGGAGCGGCAGGCCUCCUACCGCUUCUACUCCAGCUCCCUGCUUGUCAUCUAUGACGGCAAGGAGUGCCGGUCUGAGUCCUACCUGGACCGCAGGUCCGAAAUGCGUCUGAAGCACCUGGACACCAGCCUCCCAGAGGUGGCCCCGCCCUGUAGCCCUAGCACCAGCCUCAGCAGCACCAGCCCGGAGGCGGGCCCCUUCUCUCCGCCCAAGGUGGACGUCCGCAUGAUCGACUUUGCACACAGCACGUUCAAGGGCUUCCGAGAUGACCCCACAGUGCACGACGGACCCGACCGAGGCUAUGUGUUCGGCCUGGAGAACCUCAUCAGCAUCAUGGAACAGAUGCGGGACGAGAACCAGUAGGCCCAGCUCGGGGCCCCCCGGACCCCCUUCCUCUCUACCCGCAGGCAGGGACCAUUGCUCUCAACUCGCCGUGAGGACACACAGACUUGCUUUUAAAGGGUUAUAUUUCUCUUUGGUGUAAACUAAAAGAAAUGUUUUUAGCUGUAGCCUGGAAUCCAUAUAUAUAAAGUGACGGAGGGCAGAACACGUCCUCUCAGCCAGGCUGCCUAGCUCGACGGCUCUGACUGCUGUGUCCAGGUGGACUUAGGAAGGAAGAGGUGCCCCUGGUGGGCCUGGCAGCGGGGACAGGUUGCCCUUGGACUUUGGUUUCUCUUGCCCAGGUCUUUGGGGGCUGUGACUGCAGGGUCCUGCUAGUAGCAGGGUGAAGCCCUGGGUUGGCGCAGGGCCCUUCCAUGUUCAUUCACCCCUGGUUCCUCAGUCACAGAGGGUUGGGUGCCCAUCUCUUGGGGGACUUUGUAACCUGUGCUGUGGGUAUUACCCAUCUCUCUGACAGGUGUUCCCAGGGCACCAAGGGGCCAACUGUACAGAGCUGGACCCUUCCUGGUUCUGACCUUGGCAUGAGGCUAGAUUCAUGAAGCUGUGCUGAAGCCACCUAUGGCAGAGGGCAGGCUCUGGGAUCCCCAGGCACUGUUUGGCACUUGAACCUACUCCUGCCUGCACACCCCAGCCAGCCUUUCUCACCAAGAUCCCUUGCCUAAGGAGGCCAUCCCCUCUUGCCCCACUGGAGGGGGCCCUGCUCUGUGUGCUGAGGAGAGUCAGCCUCCCAGCAGGCUUUGGGGCCUCUGAUGGCUCUGACCCAGACAGUAUUUGCAGCCCCUGGGCUGUGGAUAGGAAUCUGCUUCCUCUGGCUUUUUGGGCAGCUCUGCUGCCUCGGAGAGACUGCUCCUUCCAGGGCUCAAAGGCUGUGGUCCGCUCAGGGUCUCACCUCUCCCCAGGCCAAGCUCAAGGCAGCAGCCCACUGUGAGGAGCUCCAGGCUUGUGAGGGAGAACUUUAGGCUUGUUUGCUUUUGAGGACAUUGGGCGCUGGGUGCAGAUGCCCAGACUCUGCUAACGAGAGUUUUGUCUUACCAGUACUGGGGUCCAUCCGUCUGUCCAUUCAUCCAUGUGCCAGCCCCUGUGAUCUUUUUCCCUGGGGUAUAGCCUUGUUCAGUAGUGAGUAUUGAUUUCCCUCAUGCUUCCCUCAGCAGAAGAUCCUCUUCCCCAUUUCUGAGGUGAGUUUUUGCCCCUGUGCCCUUCCUCAGCAGGUGCUACCUUUUAAAAGUGGUAGCAGAAUGAGUCAGAGGAGGUGUUUCCCUGCUGGCCCAGCACCGUCUCUGUGGGCCUGCAGCGUGGCCCCCUCAGCACUCAGCACCGACGGUACCACAGCGAAGACCUCAGGGGGGUGACCCCUUCCUUGGCGAUGGUUUCGGUGAUUUUGCUGCCAGCCUGUAACGGCACAGAGACCUGCCACCUCUAGUAGGUGUGGCCAGGAGCUCCCCUAGCUGUUGCCGAGGUUAGUGGCCUCCCCUCUGAGUCCAGGGCCACUGUCAUUGUCACUGCUAGCAUGUCCCUGUUACGGCAUUAAUGGUAAGCCUGCCAGCCUGAGUCUGAGAGAGGCCUCGGUAACUGAUGGACUACUUUCCUGCUCCUUAGAGAUGCGGCCUCACACAGCUUAAAUGGGCUCCACGAUGGGAUCCCAUCUCUCUCGGCCCUCUGACCCUGGUGCCAUUGGGUGGGCAGGUUCCCAUUCCUGGGGGCCAGGAGGAGCAGCUUGUCUGUUUCUGGUCAGUAAAGAGCAUCUUCUCUCAUGUACUAUUCUGUGGCUUCAGCCAUGGGGGCAGUAGCUCUUCCUUAGCGUGGCUGGUUAUUUCCUGGCAAGGCCGAGGCUAAACCAAAGGGUCUGGGCCCACUCGGGACCCACUUGAUGGCACGUCCCUAGUGUGGGGAUGUGCCGUGCUUCCUGAAGUAGUGUAUUGUGGGAUUUGCUGCCCCAUUCUGCUCUUCAUUGUGAGAGAGGUUACACCCACUUAUAUUCAGUAUUUUCCUGGCACUAAAACAGCAGGGCUGGUAUUUGCUGCUGCUUUCCCAGGGCAGGGUCCCUUCUUUUCGGCACUUUUGAACAUUUGCAAGACACAGCCCUGUUAUCUAACGGGUGGCAGGCAUGUGUGUCUGCACUCGCUCUUUGCCACUAUUUUGCCCUGCUCCGUGCCAGAGAGCCCUGUCCCUGCCAGGCCCUGCCUUCCCAGCCCCAACUUGGGACCAAAGUGCAAGACGGGAUCACGGGUUGGGGUGUCCAAGUGACCCCUCUGUAUAGUGCUUCCGUGGGCCAAGUCGACACCAGCCCCCUAGCGGGGUGGGAUGGGCGGUGCUUAAAGAGGAAGGGGACCAGUGUAGCAACUUGCCAGGGACCCCACCCCUCCCUCACAUCCGGGCCUGUGCAGUGGGCGUGGGGAUUCUCCUAAGGGGCCAAAGGCCUGGGCUUGUUCGGUAUCCUCUGCUCCCUUGCUCUUAUCUGGUCACAUGCACACUCCUAGAUGCAGAUUGCUUUGAACUUUAAAACUGUUCAAUUUGGUUUCGUUUGUACCGAUUUAAAAAAUGUUUUAAUGGGGAAAAUUUGGGGGAGAACCAUGGGUAGGGCCUGGUUCCUUUGCUUCUCGGGGAACUCCAGGGCCUUGUCCGGAGGACCGCUCUCUGCUCCACUUUCCUGGAAGCUGCCUAAGCCUGUCCACGCCGUCCAAGCCCUGCGCCCGGAUAUGACACGUGGCUCCGGUCACGUCCGGGCGCGGUUGCGUUUUCUCGGGAACUUGCGUGCAGGGGAGGGAGUGGUCAGGCCUCGCGCCGAGUCCACCCUUUCUGUACACCUAGCGCUGCCCGCCCCGCUUGUGUCUGAGGUCGUGUAUGUCAAAAUAAAUCCGCUAGAAACUGA